GUACCUGGGAAGGGGGAGGCGGGCGAGGGGCACGGCGCGCCCCGCCCCGACGCGGACCACCGACCGCCGCGUCCCCGCCCGCCGGCCGCGCGGCGGGCCUCGGCGCUGCCGGCCCGUGACACACUGGGGGCCCCCGCCGCGCGCCGGUCGACCGCCGCCCGGAGGGCCCCGCCGGGCGCCGGACAGCCGGCCCCACCCGUCCCCCGGGACGGGGCAGAGCCCUUUCCCCACCGCCGCGCCUCACACGCCGUCCCGUACGGGCCCGGCUCCGCCGGACCUCCCCGGCUCUCUCCCCAACCACCGGGGGUGGGGGGCCCCCUGCCCGCGCCCGCGCUCCCGGGCACCCUUCCCCAACCACCACCACCGAGGGGCAGAGGGCAGGGGCAGGGGCUCCGACGGGAAGCUUGGCGCCCAGCGGGCGGGGGGGUCGAGAGGGCGGGAGAACCCGGACGGAGACACACAGCCGCCGGGAGGCGUGGGGGUGGGGCGGGGCGGACAGGGCCCGAGGCCCGAGGGGCGCGGGGAGGCGCCCGCGACGCGCGACGGCCCAGAGCGGCGGACGACCGACGACGACCGGCCGAGGCAGACCGGCCCAGGCCGGCGGCGCGGGAGGCGACGGGCGGGGCGAGCGGCCCCGCGACGGGAAGCCGCCGCCGUCGCGCCGCACAGCCCGCGAGACGCGACCGGAGGACCCGCGCCGCGCGGGGUCGCGGCCGGGGAGAGGCGGUCGUGGCCGGCGCCACGGGCGGUGGGGUGGGGGAGGCGCACGGGCGGCCCCCCCCCCACCCCCGAACCCUCGGCCCACCUCCAGGGACGUGGCGGGAGGGCCGGGCGGGAGAGGGACACACGCCGGAGGCGGCGACGCCGCCGCCGCGGCGCGAGCGCGGCGGCGGGGCGCCCCCCCCCCGACGCGUCUCCCUUCCCCCUGCCCUUCCCCAUCCGCGCCGCACGGGGUGGCGGCGGAAGAUAGUCAAGUUCGACCGUCUUCUCAGCGCUCCCGCCAGGCCGUGGGCCGACCCCGCGGGCCGAUCCGAGGGCCUCACUAAACCAUCCAAUCGGCACGGCGACUACCAUCGAAAGUUGAUAGGGCAGACGUUCGAAUGGGUCGUCGCCGCCACGGGGGGCGUGCGAUCGGCCCGAGGUUAUCUAGAGUCACCAAAGCCGCCGGCGCCCGCCCCCGGCCGGGGCCGGAGGAGGCGGACCGGGAUCAACCAGGUAGGGGAAGCGAGCGCGACGACGAGGAGCCGGGCGUGCCGGUGGGGGGGUGGUGGGGAGAGGCAGACCCCCGCGAGGCGAGGGAGCCGAGAGAGGAGGGGGGGCCGGGAAGGGCGCUCGCCGGGCCGGGAGACCCGACCGCCCCGGUCCCGCCGCGGCGAGGACGCCCGACCGCGCGACCCACCCUCGGGGUCCGCGAGGGUCGCGGCGCGUCGCCGCCACCGCGCGGGAGGCACGAGGGGGGCGGGGUGGUGCGGCGGGGAGGAGGCGGCGGGCCGCCCUGCUCUCUCCCUCCUCCAUCCCGCCCGGCCCGGGCCACACCGGGACGGCCGACGCGCGCCCUCGGCGUCCGUCCGUCCACCCGCCCCAGAGCGGGGCGGGGACGCCGGGCGGCGAGGACGCGGCGACCGGCCCGCGGCGGGCAAGACCGGGGACCCGUCCCGCGCUCGGGCGAGCGCACCGGGGCGGGGGCGCCCCCUCGUCCGGCACGCGACGGCGGCGGCGCGGCGGCGGCGGCGACACGGGCGACGGAUCGGGGCCGCGGCGGGCCCGGGAAGCGAGGCACACCAGGGCACGCGGCCCCGGGGAGCAGCAGACGGCGAGGGGACCGAGGCGGACGGACGGGCGGAGAGGGGCACCGACGGGAUGCGGCCACGCGGGGCCGACACCGCGCAACCGGCGGCGGGGGUGGGGUGGCCGCGCGCCACCGCGAGGGAACGGCCCAAAGCGAGCCGGGGGAGGGGACGCGAGUCGGCCGCCGGGGCCCACCGCGGGAUCUCACCGCCACAGGCCCUCCCGGCACAGGGGCGGUCCCGCGGCGCCACCCGCGACGAAGGACUGGCGCCCCCACCCUCGCGGGCUCGCGGCCACCGCCACCGCCACCCCCGGAGCCGCAGCCGGCCCGGGAGAACACUCUCCCGCCGCACACCGGCGGCCCCCCCCCCCACGGCCCUCACGCGCGCGGGGCUCCCCCGCCCCGCCCCCUCGCUCAGGGCUUUCCGAGGCACUGCACCGCUCCGCCGGGACGCCACCGGCCCGGCAGGGGCCGGGGGACGACACCCACGUGAAGCGAGGCGAGGCCGGCUCGGGCCCGGGCAGGGGACGGGAACGCGGGCGGUCGCACGCGCGGGACGAGGAGAGCGAGGCGAGGCCGGCGGCGGCGGGGAGGGCCGGCGAGCACGCACGGCGGGGGCCGCGGACAGGGACGCGGGCGCCGUCCGGGGACCGGAGGAAAAAGACCGGGCCACGCGGCCGGGCCCCCAGGAACACCAGCGCGGGAUCCCACCGCCACCCGCACGCGAGGGCGGUCCCGCGACGCCCGGGGCGCCGGCCGGCCCCGGCCAUCCCCGGAGCGUGGCCCGCGACCCGGCCCCGCCGCCAGGAUCCGUCUUCCGUCUGAGUCUGAACCCCGAGGCGCGACCACCCGGGGACGACGCUCUCGAGCGAGGCGGCCCGGACCGUGACCGCACGCCGCCACCGGCUGCGGCUCAGGGGCGAGGGCGGGCGCGACGGGCUCCCCCUCACCAACGGCCGCGGGCCGGGGAAGCCGAGGCCGACCGGGCGUCGCGCCCCGACACGAGAAGGCGUUCUCACCGAGGGCGCGCCGUCCCUCCCCCGGACCGUCUCGCCUUCGGGCUCACGGAGGCGCUCCACGAGCCGCCCGGCCUCAGCCGGGCGGGAGGGUCUGCGGUACAGGGAAGCGGACCACCACACAGGAGCGUGUGCGCGGUCAGGGCCAGAGCAGAGCCCGCGUCCCGCCCCCUGCAAGGCCUCAUCCGCCGAGGCCUCCGCGACGAGGGGAACGGGCACGCCUCUCCCUUCCGCCUCGACCCCCCCGAAAGACAGCCACGCUCGGGACACACACGCCACCGUGGCGGGACCCGAGGGGGACGCCGGGUUGAGGGAAACGACACCACCGCUCGGCCUCAGGCACCUGAGGGACGACCUGGAGCGCUCCAGGGGCACCACCGAGGGUCACACGAGGCACGCUCGCACACCCGCGUGGGGCGCGCAGCGCGGCAGCGGCGGCACAGCCCUCCCCGCCACAGGGAGGGCCGCUCGCCGGCACACGCCGAGGAGGCGAAGCGGGAGCAAUCUGCCGUGUCAGAAGACCAACGGCCCCCACGGACGCCCCGAGGCAGGGGACGGGAGACCGAAGAUCAGGGCCAGAGGCCACACCCAACCCCUGCCUUCCUCACCCUCCCUGACGGGCAGCGGGGGGGAAGACAAGCGAGGGCCCCGCGGACAGACCGAGAAGAGCGGACACGUUCACCGGGAACGCCCGUCCCUCGUCCGGCACGGUUUCGGCUCGGCCCGGGAGAACACGACCACACCACAUCGAUCCGUGGAGCCGAGGUGGAGCAGGGGGAGGCACGGCGAGGACAGUCACCAGAGGGCCCGCUUUCAGCCUCGCCGGCAGCCUCCAUCCCCCCCCACCUCGCCUCAGGCGAGAGCGGCCAACGACCCCGAGAGGAGAACACCUGA